AUGUCGCUCGCAAGAGACUGCAUGCCAAUGGGGACCGUAACGUCUGAAUGCAGCGACGCCGACCGAUCACACCCGUUCUGCGCUGCGGAAGGAACACUGUUAAAUAUCCCAGGAUAUCUGGCAGAAUUAGCUGCAAUCUCGUUGGACCUCAGGGAUCUAGCUUCGCUGCGAGAUUCUACGUUCACUCCCGUCGUGAGCCUGAUUAUUGAGGAUUACCCCGUUUCGGUGUGA